AUGUCUGAAACUCAAUUGCAAGCACCACUGCUAACGACAAGUCAGGAGCACUAUGUCAAAAAAUACCUCCUCACAGUCCUCAUCAACAACGAACUCGCCCUCCUCCAAAAGGAUCCCUACGAAACCCUGCCCAAUCUCGGAGGACCCUUCGAUCUCAAGGACGAACAUGCCGAUUCCACAACCCCUUUCCUCCGCUACCUCUUUGAAUCCAUUGUCGUCCCCUUUCCCUUUCUCACAAAUAGUCGAGGUGCCCUCUGGCCGAAACUGCAGCUGUUUAUGGACGAGUAUGCCAAGAUUGAGGCAGGAAACGGAGUUGAGCGGGAAGAGAUGUUGAGGAGGAAACGUCUUCAGAAUAAGGGCGAGAAGACACUGGUGCUUAUGUACAGUAUGGCGAUCAAGACCGUUGAGCAACGUGCACAAGAGAAGCGGGAUCUUACUGCAAGAAAGGAGCAGCUACUAGCUACCGAACAGAAAUUACAUCAACACCAACAGGAGGAGGAGGAGCAACAUGAACGCCACAGUAGUAGCUUGGAUCAGCUCCAUUUGGACCAACAACAAGAAAGGCAAGACACGCCUAGAUCCCGAUCAGUGUCGCCUGCAGUUUUCACGAGCACGAUCCAUGGAGUUCGUAUGAAUGUUGUUGGCGUGCGGACGGUCAAGGAAAAACGACAUGUCCGAGAACACGAGCAUGCCGAGUUCAUCAUUGCAAGUGCGUUCGCUGACGGACAGGAGUAUGUCGUCGCUCGACGCCACGGCCGAUUCAGAAGACUCUAUCACCACUUGAGGCAAAAGUUCCCGAACUUGAUGAUUCCAGUACCGCCAUCAAAGUACCCCGUCAAGUCUGGGUCCUCAGGCGUCAAGACGGCGCGGGAAAAGGAUAGGAUCAGCCUGCGAGGAUACCUUCAUAACAUUGCCAAGGUCAGCCAGGAAGUUGUUGACUCUGCUGCGUUCAUCAGUUUCCUCUCCAAGGACGCCUUUGCCCUGUCAGAGGAAGAAGCAAAAGAUGUUCAGAUACGAGUUUCGUUGGACGAGCACAGGAUGGAGCAACAGGCCAAGUUUGAUAGGGAGGUGGCCAAGAAGGUCGACGAGCUAGAUUCGCAAUUGAAGGAGGUCAAACUGGAUCUCUUGCAACCGGGUGGUGUCUCGCGACUCUUUAGUGCCUUCAAGCACAUUGACAACGUCGACGACCUCCCGCCCCUGUACCAGUCGGUCUUUGAGUGGGGUUGCAUGUCCUUUGCGUCUACCCUGUACCAUGUCUUGACAUCCUCGGACGACGCAACCCUCAACCUUACACAGCUCAAGCGCACUCAUUUCUUGAUACCUUACAGGACCAUGUGGGGCAUCCUAAAGAUCUCGAACCCUAUGGCGAUGAUGAAGGGCAUUAUGGACCUCUUCCUUGCCCAGCCCUUUGGCAGUCGCAGUCUCAUGCAGCGAAUCCUCUCGGGCAACAUGCAAGAGGAGGUAUCAGAGUAUAAGAAAGAGAUUGCCGAGGUCGAGGCUGCUAUCGGUGACCCCGCCCUCUGUGAAAAGAUCCGCAACUAUGUCUUUGCCCCCCGUGCCGUUAUCAGCAAGAUCUUUCCCGACGAUGAACCGUAUGAUAUUGCGGAGCUGAGUUUGGUGAUGGAUGUCCUUCGGUCGGAAGAGAUCCUGCCCGUGUUGCAGCCCUUGCAGAUUAAGCGGGUCUGGGAUGCUCAGCAGGUUCUGGAACAGGAAAGGCUUGAAAAGGAGCAACUCAAGGCAUGCAACAGCCAAAAUACUAGCAACAGUGAUGCGAGCGACAGCAGUGACUGGUCAAGCGAGAGCAACUCUUCUCGCAGCAGCCUCAACCUGGAUAGUAGUGCCGACGAAAAGUGCAAGUACUUGGACGUGCCACAUACCCAACAGUACCACAGCCACCACCAGCACCACGACCAACAACAGCAAGAGCUCCAGCUUCAGGAUUCCGAGUCCAACUUGAUCCGCCAGCUCCAGCAACUGUUGGUGGUCAACCUUCGGAUCCGCGAGAAGGAGCGACUCAUGGAACUGAUCUUCCAGGGUAUCACGGGUGAGAUCCUGAAGGAGAUCAUAUCAAUCUUUUACGAGCCCCUCGUCAAGGUAUACAAGUCUGCGAACGUUGCCGACAGUCUGAUGGACGUCAAGUACUUUGUUGACGAGCUGAUCAAGGUUGUCGAGCAGGCCGAGAAUGACAAUGGCCAAGGAGGAACAAGCGGAAAGCCGACGGCCGCCACACUCUACCUAAACCUCGCCCGGAAACACCUCCCAAGCUUCUACAAGUUUGUCCACGCGGUCCACAAACAAGAUGACGGGAUCUUCCACGACCUGUUGGAAUGGAUCGAGAGCAUCAUCACGUUCAUGCGCACAGGGUUCGGUCACCCACGGGUGAACUACAAGACCGGCGAGGAACUGCGAGUCGGGAUUGACCUGGACGACUUCGUCAAGAAGACCAUUGACCCUGUACAGUGGGAGCAGAUCCAGAAGGAGGCUGAGGCCUUGAGGGUGUAUUUUGCAGAAGUCAAGGACCGCAAACGGGAGGAGGUCCGACAGAUGGCUGGACUUGAUCGCGCCAGUAAUAGUGCUGGUGAAGGAGAUGAUAAGGAGAACGAGAGGGUUGUGAACGAGUUGAGGGGGUUGGGGAUGCAGCAGGAGGAUGUGGACGAAUUGGAGAUGAUCAAUUGGGAGGCGUCCAAGGUGAAGACUGGUGAUAGUAAUGAUAACCAGGAGGAUGAAGAUGGAGAAUUUGGGUUGAAGGUGCCCCAGGUGCCGACGAUUGAUACGUUGAAGGGUCCGUUUGUGAACCUCAUGAACGAUGUCCUCUUCCGUACCGCUAGAGAAUAA